AUGGUGGUCUGUUCGGUACACAGCCUGCAAUUAGAUAACCAAGCAUCGACGCGACGACCCAGGAUUACGAAAUACAGCAAAACUACUAUAGCCCCUGGAUCAACGGAACCACCAACUGAACGGAGCCUUCUGACAGCAACCUACCGUCUUCAAGGGAGUGGAGGGGAGACAUGCAUAUUACUGGUUGUGGACGCUUUACUUGACAUCUCUUACAUGACCAAACUUAAUGAGCGCGCUGACGCCAACACUUUUGUGCCUAAUAACGCUGUUGCUAGUGGAUCCUGCAAGGAUAGUGAUUUGGAAACAUUGGUUCUUUCGUUCAAGGAGUUCGCAUUGGAAUGGACGUUUGCUAAGACCCCAGGUGGCGAACGCUGGUACGUGGACAGCAUCAGGCUAACCUACAACUCCAGCGCACGAAUACUCGAACACGCGGCCAAGCAGGGUCGUAGGGUCACAUUGUCUACUGGCCCUCGAGCGCUACUUUUCCCCACACCUGUUGGCAAAUCCUUUGACUGCCCUGAUGAAUCUAUUGUGGAGUUGUUGGAGGAGGAUGCUGGAAACCCCAACACAGCGCAUCGUGCUAAACUCUACCUUCGUCAAAUGCGUCUCCAGCCAUUUAUGUUCCGUCGUGAUGGUCUGUUUGGUCCUCCCUGGAAGUGUUCUGAUGCCAACCGAACCAGAUCCGAAACGGCACCAGUCGCGGUCGGCUCUGCACUGGCUAUAGCGACCGCUGGUACUCUCAUAGGCUAUGCAAUCUGGCGGUAUUUGAAGGUUAAAAAAGUACAAUACGACACAAUGGAAUGA